UGCCUGUGGGAACAGGGGUAGCAGGUGCUGGGGAAAGUGGAGGAGAAAUGUGCAAAAGCCGGGGUGGGAGAGGAUAUUGCGACUUCUGGGGAAGAAGGUAGUUGUUGGAUUGUCAAACGGAAGUAGCAUGAACCCGAAAUUUUGGGGGAAGCUUAGUGGCAAGGCCCGCCUCUGCAGGAAAUCUUUUGAAGGGAGGCCAGGGAUGCGUGCGCAGCUCCGUCACCAUUUCUGAGAGUCUUAGUUCCGAGUAGGACAUCGGUCCUGGGAUCCUAUAUCCAGAUUUGGACACCAGGGUAGGAAGACAAUUGAAAAAUAUUUCCUGAGCAAGAAAGUCACCAGGUCAAUAAUGGAAAAAAUCAGAGAGGACAUUACACAAGUUCCCAUUUUUGGAGAAGAGUGUGAAAUGGAAAGCAAAUUAGGGAGGCAGGAGCAAAACCCUGCAGGCAAGAUUCAGAAAAAAUCCUUUUCCAAAAAGAAAGGUUUCAGGCAAUUGACAGUAACCAAAAAUAUAAUGCCAAAUGAAGAAAGAGAUGAUAAAUGUAAUGAAAUUAGGAAAAAGUUCACACUGAAGUCAAAACUUAUUACUCAUCAGAGAGUUCAUAUAGGAGAGAAAUCUAGUAGUUUUGACACAUCUGGAAUAAACUACAAACAACAUUCAGAAUUAGUUAAAUGUCAAAAAAUGUGUUCAGGGAAGAAAACUUACAAGUGUAAUGAUUGUGAGAAAAUCUUUAGUGACCGCUCAAACUUUAUUCGUCAUCAGAGAAUUCACACAGGAGAGAAACCCUAUAAAUGUAAGGAAUGUGGAAAAGCUUUCAGCCAGAGCUCAUCCCUUAUCGAACAUCAAAGAACUCAUACUGGAGAGAAACCAUAUAAAUGUAAUGAAUGUGGGAAAUCAUUCACUGUGAGUUCAUCUCUUACUCAGCAUCAGAGAAUUCAUACUGGAGAGAAACCCUAUAAAUGUAAUGAAUGUGGAAAAGCUUUCAGUGAUUGUUCAUCCUUUACUCAACAUCAGAGAAUUCAUACUGGAGAGAAACCUUAUAAGUGCAAUGAAUGUGGGAAAGCCUUUAGUGAUUUCUCAUCCCUCACUCAACAUCAGAGAAUUCAUACUGGAGAGAAACCCUAUAAGUGUAAUGAUUGUGGUAAGGCUUUUAGUCGUAGUACACACCUAACUCAACAUCAGAGAACUCAUACUGGAGAAAAACCUUAUGAAUGCAAUGAAUGUGGAAAAGCCUUCACUGCACACUCAACUUUUACUCAACAUCAGAGAAUUCAUACUGGAGAGAAACCCUAUGAAUGCAGUGAAUGUGGGAAGGCUUUUCCUGAAAGCUCAUCACUUACAAAACAUCAGCGAGUUCAUACUGGAGAGAAGCCCUAUGAAUGCAGUGAUUGUGGGAAAGCCUUUAGCCAGAGCACACAUCUUAUUCAGCAUCAUAGAAUUCAUACUGGAGAGAAGCCCUAUAAAUGUAACGAAUGUGGAAAAGCCUUUGGUAAUAGCUCAGUCCUGCUCCGACACCAGCAACUUCAUACCAUAGAAUAAUCCUGUUAAUAUAAAAAUUUUGGAAAGGAAGUUUUUCAUCAUUUGUCCUAAUUUUCCAUUCACAUACUUGCUGUUUAUGGCAUUUACUUCUAGGCCUGUUGCUUGGAUUUCAGUCCCAUCACUAAACCUAAUAAAAAGCCUCCUAACUGGAAUAGGUAUAUCAGAAACAAGAUCUCUUUAUUAGUGUGUCUGUCUCUCUCACACAUGUAUGUGUAUGUAUGUAUGUAUAUAUGUAUAAUAUGUAUGUAUAUGUGUGUGUGUGUGUGUGUGUGUGUGUAUACAACUGCCUGCUUACAGGGAUUCUGGUAUUAUUUUUAUUACUAUCUGUGUAUACCUUAAUUUUUACUCAUGUAUUUGGUUCCUACCCUAAUGAUCUUCCCUGAUCUCAGAUGUCCUGAGAUAUAUACCCUCAUAUAUGUUUAUCUAUCUGCUUUCUAAUGCAGUGUUUUACUUUCAAUUAGAAUAUCUGGUCUCUAAUAUUUUUAACAAAUCCCUUAAUUUUCUUGGCUUCCUAUUAUUUUCUCUUUAUGUUAUGUUACUAUUGUAAAUACUACAAUCACUAGCCAUGAUUCAGGAGGUGUAUCUUUUCUUCCAACUGUUGUCUCAUCAUUUCUAUAGCCAAUUGAGAUCUAUAGCUGCUGUGCUAGUUAUGGUUGCUCAUGAAUCUCUGUACAGAUUAUUUAUAGACUCCUUAAGGAUCUAACAGUGGUGAGUAUAGACUAGAAGAGCAUCUCUAAACAGGAAAUUUCAAAAGCAAUAAAUAAAAAUUAAGAGGCAGAUUUAGACUUGGUGUCAAAUUUACUAAUAAUUAGCACUGUACCAAAGUCUAAUUGGCUCCCUAAAAAGAUGAUGGGUUUGCCCCUCACUUGAUGUCUUUAAGCAAAGCAAAAAAAGCAAAAAAAAAAAAAAUAACUACUUAUUGGAUAUGUUAGAGGGAAUUCUUAGUCAGAUGUGGGUUGAAAUAGAAGACCUUUGAGGUUCCUUCUAAGUCAGUGAUUCUAUAAUUUUUUGAAUAGGUACUUAAUAAAUCUAUACUGGCUUAUUAAGGACCUAAUAUUAGUCCUAUCCUAUGUGAUGUGUAUAAGAGUGUGCUUUAUAAAUUUGAGGGUUUUCUUACAAUGAUUUACUUCCUCUUACAUACUUGGCUUUCAGUUAAAGUGAGGUGAUGGUAGUGUUUUGGUACAUGGCUUCAGGGUCUACAUCAUUAUAUCCAGAUCCCUUUUGAAAUGAUUAAAACUUAAAUAGUAUUCUUUUCUGUUAAAGUAUUAUUAUUAUUAAAAUAGGAUCAAAUUUUGCACUUUUGUUUUAAUUGGUAUAGGAAACUCACAGGUGAGGAACUUCUCCCAAUUCAAGUUGGCAUUUUUUAUUGCAGCUUAGUUUUGGAAAGUUGCCUAGGACACUGAGAAGUUAAGUGAUUUUCUCAGGUUCACACAGCUAGUCUUUGUCAAAAGUAUGACUUGAACUCUGGUUUUCCUGGUUUUGAACCUGGCUUUUUAUUUACAUGACAUAAUUUUUUUUUAACAUAACUGUUAGAACAGUGAACCAUUAACUUUAAAGAAUAAGAUAUGCCACUUGAAAAAUAUAUAGUAAUUUGUAAAAGGUAGUAGCUUCCUCAUUGAUCUUAAUCUGUUCUCAGUCCUACAGACUAAAGUAGAACCAAAUGAAACAGCUUAAACAUCUUUCAUUAGCUUUAUAUAAAAAAUCCCCAGGGUCCAUUUCCCUCUGACUUUUUUUAGGAACCCAUUUGUCCAUUUCCAUUUGGUAUUUGUUCUGCACAUCACAUAUACACAAUAUGAAACUGAGCUUUUUGAUCAGUUCUAAUUCAAAGCAUUGAUUAGAAAACAGCUUUCUAUUGAAAGUAUUGGAGUUACCAAGAUAUUAGCCAGGUCAAGAUAUAUUUUAAUAGAACAUAACAUUUCAAAAUCAGUGUAGGAUGAUUUCUCUAUAGAAAACUUUGAUAUAUUCUAAAUCAUGGUAGGUAUCUUAAAUUUUACUUUUUCCCCUCUAUUACUAAAGUGCUGGAUUUUAAACCAUUUGAUGAUCACUGUUAUUCUGAACAUCAGUUAAACCUCUGCCUAAUGUUCCCAUGGAUUUGGACCCAUUAAAUACUUAGACGUCCCAACAUCAAGGGAGGGUGUAGCUAGCUCCAACUAGAACUUGUAUAUCCUUGGAAUGCUUUUAAGGUUCUCAACCCUGUUUAACUAUGAGUCGUACAGGGUUGAAACUUUAGUUUCUUUAACCACUUCUGCUGAAAGAUCUAGACCCUAGACUUUAUCUCUACUGAAGUCAGAAGUCUACUGCUUUAUGGGUGGAAGCAAUUCUUUUCAAUGAGACAAAUACUGCCAUUUUCAUCAAUGAAUUUGUUUUUACUGUGGUAAAGUAUUACUGUAAAUCAUCUGGAGAUUUAGGGAUUUUUAGAAUCUAGGGAAAAGGGAAAUGGGAAAUAAUAUCAGCAGUCAUCAAGAUAGCCAGGUAGCACAAAGUGCUAGUUUUGGAGUCAGGAAUACUUGAGUUCAAAUUGUGCCUUAGUAGAUUUGUAACCUCAUACAGGACAUUUAAUAUUUCUUAGCCUCAGCUUCCUCAGCUGAAAAAUAGUGAUAACAGCACACCUCAAUCGUAUGUUUUAUGUAUCCAUUUACUACAAUAUGACACUCUAUUUCUCCUAUCACCAUGACAUAAAUUGACAGAACUUGAGGUCUGAAGAAAGAAUAAAUUUCACAAUUUUUGUUCUGGUACCCUAGGUAAUCAUAGCAAUGACAACAGACAUUUACAUGGUGUUUUAAGGUUUGCAAAGUAGUUCACAUAUAUUUCACUUUAUUCUCAUAAUUAAUAUGUGUAGCAAGUUCUGUGGCCCUUAUCUUUUCAGUCCUAGAUCAUAAAAGAAAAUCCUUUGUGAAUAUCAACUAGAGAUCUUCAGAUACAUCAUGACAUUAGCCUAUAGAAGUCCUCCAAAUUAUUAAUCCUUUUGUGAUGUAGGUAUUAAUUUUUAAUAUGAUUUCAUUUCUAUAAAGUAUAUUUGGGAAGUUGGAGGGAGACACUAUUGUGUCAUUUAUCUGAAGUUGUAUCCCCCUAGGAAUGAUCUUCAGCCUUGUAAUCUAUAUGUAUGGUUCUGCUGUGAAAUUUUUUUAAAGCCUUCUAGGUAGGUGAGAGUCAAGAAAUCAACAAAGUUAUUUAAAAAAAAAAAAAAAAAAAAAA